GUCACAGAAGGUUAAAGAGGAAAUUAGCAUGAUAAUCAUUAUUCAUCAUUACUUUGGCAACAGUGUGAAGACUACAUUGGAGAAGAGAUAGACUGGAAGAAGGGAGACCAGUUUAGAGGCAUUUAGGAUAGCUAUCCACAAGCUACACAUGAUUUCUAGUCAAUAAGUAAACUCUGGCUGGCUCGCGCUCUCACAGCCAUUGCAGUACAUUGAGCUCCAUAGAAACAGCACCUGGGAAUUAAGAACCGGACAGGCACUGGGCUACUCUGUGCAGAACUGAGGUAAAUAAUAAAAAAUGGGCAAAGGUGAACCUAAGAAGCCGAGAGGGAAAAUAUCUUCAUAUGCCUUCUUUAUGCACACCUUCCGAGAGGAACAAAAGAGGAAGCACCCAGGUGUUUCUGUCAACUUCUCAGAAUUUUCUAAAAAAUGCUCAGCAACAUGGAAGAUGAUCUCAGCUAAAGAGAAAGGAAGAUUUCAGGACAUGGCAAGAGCUGAUAAAGCUCGUUAUGAAAGGGAAAUGAAAAAAUACAUACCACUUAGAGAAAUAAAAAAGAAGUUUAAGGAUCCCAAUGCACCGAAGAGGCCUCCUACAGCAUUUUUCUUAUUCUGUUCUGAAUUUCGUCCAAAAAUCAGAUUGGAGAAUCCUUUUCUUUCUAUUGGAGAUAUGGCCAAAAGAUUGGGAGAAAUAUGGAAUCAUACUGCUGCAAUUGACAAACGACCUUAUCAAAAGAAGGCAGCUAAGCUGAAGGAAAAGUAUGCAAGGGAUAUUGUUGCAUACUGGGCUAGAGAAAAUAGUGAUGUGAGUUUAAGGGGAGGCUUUAUCAAAGAAAAAGAUGAAGAAGACAAGAAGGAGGAAGAGGAGGAGGAAGAUGAUGAUGACAAUGAAUAAGUUGGUUCUAGAGCAGUUCUUUUCUUGUCUAUAAAGCAUUUAACCCCCUGUACACAACUCACUCCUUCUAAAGAAAAAAAAAAUUGAAAUGGAAGGCUGUGUAAGAUUUGUUUUUAAACUAUACAGUGUCUUUUUUUGUAUAGUUAACACACUACCGAAUGUGUCUUUAGAUAGCCCUGUCCUUUAGUGGUAUUUUCAGUAGCCACUAAUCAUGCCUGGUAAAGUAUGGGAGUUGUAAAUUGGCAUGGAAAUUUAAAGCAGGUUCUUGUUGGUGCACAGCACAAAUUAGUUAUAUAUGGGGAUGUAGUUCAUUUUCAUCUUCAGCUGUCUUUGAUGCAGCACAUGAACUAAUUGUUGUUCUGUUAACUGAAUACCACCCUGUAAUUGCAAAAAAAAAAAAGAAAAAAAAAAGUUGGUUGUUUUGUUGACAUUCUGCAUACUUCUAAGUAAAUACAAUUUUUUUUUAUUAAAAAAAUAAGUAAACUCUGAACUUCCACCCCUAGCUACUAUAAUAGUUGGGAGGGUGGGAAAUGGGAAAAUGUGUUUUAGAUUCUAAAUAACAGCAACAACAAUAAUAGAUGACAGUAAUA